CCACCAAAAGCAGCAGCCAAAGGAAAAAAGAGUGCCAAGCUAACAAAAGCUGAGAAGGAAAAGUUAAAAAAGGAAGAAGCAGAGAGAAAGGCAAAGGAGGAAGGUGAUUGUUAAUACUGGCAGUAGUUUUAGUUUUAAGUACUGAAAUCUUUAUAGUAAAGACUGUACUGACUAAGGCAUUAAUUUUUUACCAAAAUUGGGUUGGCCCUGACCUGUAGGACUACAAAAGAGUUGGUCUAUUUGUGUGCCCUGAAAUUCACUAGAAAGGUUAAUAAUAAUAAUAAUAAUAAUAAUAAUAAUAAUAAUAAUAAUAAUAAUAAUAAUAAUGCCCAGUGGGUAGAUCAUCUUGGAAUUACAUUGUCAAUUACAGACAGGCUACAUUGUUGACUAAAGACUACUCUUAAGACUUGCAAGUAAUGGCCCUGUGUAAGCAAAUUGUGAAACAGCUGAGAGAUGUUGCAAUUGGAGUAUAACUUAACGAAAUGUCAACACUUCAUACUGACAGUUUCCUAUUUAGUUAUACAAAUUAUGUGGGAUAGUAGUUACAUGUCUCUUUAGACUUGUUUUUUUAUGUAGAGUUGUUAUUGAGCCAGUAAGAGUUGUCUCUUCCUUUCAGAGGAGGCAAGGCUCCAAGCUGAACAAGAACAGAGAGAACGAGAAGAGCGAGAAAGACAAGAGAGGGAGGAAAGAGAGCGACUUAGGCAACAGGUAUUUCCAAGAAUAUUUGAACUCUCCUUACAGUUAUACUAGUAAUGCACUGUAUAUAUUGUACCUUCUCCUUGUUUGGAUUGCCUUACUUGCAGCAUACUCAUAUGUGGUAACAAUCUUUAGUAAUAAACCCCUUAAGCAUAUGGGACCUCUCUCAUUUCCCCAUGUAGAUCAUGUGGUAACUAAUUAAGAAACCAUUUCUUUCCAAUUUUAUCUCAUUCACAUUCAUGCAAAUGUACGUGUAUUUAAAUAAAGGGACCUACAUUCCUGGGAAAACAAGACAUACCAGCUAAAGUAGAAAAAAGUGUUGGCAAAGUCCAUAGUUUCUAGCUACAACUGGGAUCUUGCUCAUGCCUUGCCCAGAACCUUCAUAUGUCAGGAUGUGUAAGUCAAAUUGCUUAGAUUUAAUGGUCACUUGAUCUGCCUCAAGGUUUAGUGUCAGGUUAAUAUAUGGCUGUACCGUUCUCCAGGGUAUUGUCAAGUUACUCUGUCGCCUUUCCUUUUAUAUUUUGACUUGAAUUAAUUUGUCUUAGGAGAGUGCCAGACAUCAGGCUGAAGUGGAUGAACUCAAAGAAAAGAUUGAAAAUAACUCUGAACAACUUAAAACUUUACUGCAAAAUGAGCGAUCAAAAGCCAAGGUUGGUGUAGUAAGUUAUUAGUGCUUGCAUGCUUAUGAGUGCUUUGAGACAUGACUGGGGCAAUCCAUCAGGCUCAUGUAUGCUGUCAUCAUACAUUAACAUGUGGCAAGUGAAGUUGUUACCUUCUACAGACUAAUUUUCUAGCUCCUCAAAGUUUAGUUAGGACUUAUAAAAGCAAGCCUUUUUCCUUUAGUCAGACUGAUUUUAAAUUAAUUUUGUGUUUCAUUAAGUGUUUUCAUUUUUGGACUCACUAGUACUUUUUUCUGCGCGGUUGAUUUUAAAACUGCUGACUGCUGGAACAUUUGAAAUAAAAUAAUAAAUUAAAAUAAACAUUGGGUUAAAUGUCCCACUUAAUACAGGGUGAAAAGAAAACACAAAAGAUUGCUUACCCUUUGGAAAAGCUUAGAGCAGUUGCACAGGUCUACGAACCUGCUUUUUCACCGACACUUACUUCUUCUCAGGAAAUGUUUCUUGUCUGUCAGACCACUCAUACGUAAAACCAUUCAAGCCCUGCAAGUUGCUUCACUGCUGACUAUCCACAGGCUUUUGAACAGGACUUUUGGACAGUACUUUUCUUUCGUUUAUAACGUUUGUUAAAUUUACAGAUUACAAUGUGUCCCGUGACAACUUCUUUUCUUUGAUGUUAUACUGUGCUUCAUAAUGAAGUGCACAGGUUACAAGUUAGGACGUUUAGAGGAAGUUAAAAGAUUAUGAGAAAAAAGAAAAUUUCUUAACAAAAAAUAAGAAAUGUCAUGCCAUUAUUUAAUAAAUAAGACUUGUAAAGUAAGUAAGGAGAAUUUGUACAUUGAGGUUGUCAACAGUACUGAUAGACACUUAUUUCUAAAAUUUUAUUUCUGUCAAAUGUAUGGACUAAAGUUCAUGAUAUCCUCUAUUGUAGUGGGAGAGAUAUAUGCUGUGUGAUGGCAGUCCUGAUCCCCUUAAUACUUUUGAGCUGAACACUUACAUGAAUCUUUGGCGAGAUGACAAAGAAUACAAACCAUUAAGUAAGGUGCUCAAAGAAACUGAAGAGACAUUGAAGGUAGUCUAUCAAAAUAUUUUACUUGUUUAUCUCAAGUGAGCAUAUUUUAAAGACGUUUGUAAACAGCUAUUUAGUAUAUAACUGACAAUAGUUUAAGCAAUAGACCACACUUUCAAUGGGUUUACCAGCAUGAUAGCCCAUGCGGGAUGUUGGGUGAGCACAAGAAAGCUUGUAAAUCACAAGCUGAAAGCGACUCAUUUACAAGCUUUUCGAGUGUUCUCCCAACAUCCUAAGUGUGUUAUCACGCCGGUAAACCCAUAGAAAGCGUGGUCUAUUGCUUUUAUGAAAUAACUUUAAGUUUUCUACGAGUUUACCAGCAUAAUAAACCAUAGGUUUUUAACCAAUCAGAGCAUGCGUACUAUCUUAGUUAUUUUAUAAAUUAUGAGAUAUAGAUGUUACAGGUUAACUGUAAUUAUAUUCAGGUUAAAAUUUUUUAACAAUUUUAUUUCCUUUGUCUCAUAGCCCUAGUUCAUGAAUAAUUAGGAAAGGAAAUUGAGAAUCAACCUAGGUUAAAAAAUUUUAACCUGAAUUUAAUUUUGACAUGUAACACAGACACAAUAAAUCUUCAGGAUUUUGUUAUAGACACUCAUUAGCCUUUUGUGUGUCAUUUCUUUGGUACUUAGUUACACUGUAUUUGUAAUGAUAGAAUAAUCAAUCUUAAUUUUAAGGAAAUAAAAGCAUGACUUCCAAAGAGUAUAAUUUAAAAACUCUAUUUUUGAUAGUUUAUUAAAGUGCCUCUACAACUCGGUACAGAGAAAGUGAUUAGAUGUAUUUUUUAAAAUUAUUUUGAAAUUAAUCUUUUAGAUCUUAGAUUAAGACCUUUUGUUGUUAGCUCUGUAUUUUAUUUGAAUUUUCACUGUAAUUUUAAUAGUUAGUUUAUACGACCCCACAAAAUUUUUAGCUUGAAAUCACAUUGUGUCAAAAUGAAAUUUUUGUUUUAUGUUUGUUAUGAUUAUGUACUGAAGGGUAACUGUCUAUUCCAAAUGCUGUAAUAUUGUUUGUUCUCUAGAGCUGACUCCAUAAAUUAUUAUCAUUAAUCACUUUAUUUUGCAACAGCUCAUCACAGAAAUGAAGAAUUUGAUAUUCAGUUCAGAGGAGGAAGGCUUUACAGAAGAUGACACACAACAGCUUAAACAGGUAACUCCUGACACAAUGAUUUCAUUAAACAUACAGUGUAUACUGUUUGUAGAAUUAAUAUAUGUUGUGGUUCAGUUUAACCCAUUCGCCCCUGAACCGCCCGUAACCGCCCGUGCAGAUCCACGUCCUUUCUACCCUUUGUGACGUCAUCAGUUUUAACGGUCAAGGACAACUUUGUCUGCUAACUUGUGCAGAGUGAAGAGAUCUCUCAAUCCAUACCAGAAUGAGCAUAAUUCAGUCAAGGACACCGGAGAAAGAGGCAAAAAACCAUGUAACAUUGACCUGAAAAUCUCCAAGGAAAUCUUGUUCCAUUGCUCACCUACCUUUCCUUUUACCUAAUCCUGAGAUCCUAAAAGGUUUCCGAAAAACUAUUCCCACCAAAAUGAAGCCAACUAAAUGCCCAGCAAGAGAAAAAAAAAUGAGGCAAGAAAGCGAAAAAAGAAGGGAGGAGAGAAAGCGAAAAGUAAAAGUCAAGACUGCUGUGUCACUUUUAAACCCAAAAACUAUCUCGAAAUUUUGCUUUCUGCGCAUGCCCGAACUUCGCAAGCUGAUAUUUUGCAUCUGGAUCAGAAGGCUGUGAAGUGUACGACCUGUAAACCGGUGUGUGGUAAGUUUUAGCUCUUUAUAGCACGACAGUGACCAGAAAACCACUUGACUAGCUUCAAAACAUGUUUUUCGGCAAAAUCUCCAGGAGCGAAUGGGUUAAUCUUUGCUUUAAAUUUUAUUUUCCUAGGCUUCAAAGUAAACUCAUCAUGAUUCAUUGCCAUGCAUACCAAUAAACAAAGGAACUGAAACAAAAUUGAACCAUAAUUUUUUAUAUGUUGUGGUUCAAUUUUUUCCUUUGUUUAAAUUUUAUUUUCCUUUGUUUUGGGGUAUGGUAUAAGUGUAUGAUAAUGAGUUUUAAACAAAGGAAAAUAACAUUUAAACCAAGGAAAAAAUUGAACCACAACAUAUACAUGAUUGCAUAUUAUUUUAAAGUAAAUUCUUGUUAGUUCAAUGGCUAUGAGUUAAUCAACAUUAUCUAUUUUUUGUAGCUAAUUUUUAACUGAAUUGGGUUUACUAGACCUUACCUUUUUUCUUUUACAGUCAAUUUCUCAGCUUGAACAGUUGAUAAGUUAUAAACUGGAUGAGGCUACCAUGAAUCUGCUACAGGUAAGACUGUUUAAAGUUGCCCCGGACAAAUUAAUAGGGAGCUUAAGCAAAGGCGAUGGCAACGGCAACGAGAACUGCAAAAAAGCAGUAGGUUUAAAUUUAUUUAGCAAAACAAAAACUUUGCAUGUGCAUCACCCUUUUUUGUACGUUUCUGCCCAACUACAACAUGAAAGUGCCUAAUUUCACGUUUUGGAGAAGACAUGAACACAUGACAACAACUUUUUUAGAAGUCAACUCCAGAACAAAUGAUCAGUAGUAAAUGAAUUGAACAAGAUAGAAUAAAGGCAGUAAAGUUUGAUCAGUGCAAAUUCUGUCAUUGCUAAUGUGUAGGAGGAGCAUUCGCCACCAUCUUAACUCCAUUAAAGAGAAAGAGUGUCACUUGAAAAUAAAAAAGACCUUUGCAAUUGCCUAUAGUGGUAGAUUAUGAUUUUACAUAUCUUGUACAGUAGAAAUCUUUCAAGCUCAGUUAAAUUCUUUUUUUCACAAACCAUUCAACUUGAAUACAUGUGUGAAACCCUGUGUAAUAACAACCAACCUGUAAUAGUCCAUUAACACACUUACUUACCCACUGCCUGUAAUGCCCACUGGCAUGAAGUGCAGCAACAAAGGUCCUCCACUCCUGUUCACUGUUCAACUAUCUGUUCUUGGCCAGGUUCUGGAUGGUACUCCAGGCGUGGUGUGGGGUCUUCAUUUCUCCUUCUACCAUUCGUCGCCAGGUGUUCUUCGGUGCCUCAACCUCUUGCGCUUGCCUGGUGGUGUCCAGAGACACACACUAAAUCAUUUUGGUGUCCAAACACUCACUAAGUUAUUUUGAAAACCAUCUUGUUAAUACGACUAGAUUUCCAUGACCCUUGGGUGAUUUCUCAAUAACUUGUUUAAUUUGACGUUGUUAUAGAAUGCUUCUGAUGAUGUGGAUCCUGAUACACAAAAUUUGCAGUUCACAAGCACUUCUCAAAAUAUGACAGUUUGUGUUUGGGGAAACGUAGCCAAGAAUCCUAGGUAUCGUCAUUUAAUAUGUUUUUGAAUACUGACUUUUUCAAAUAGUUUAUUUGGAAGGUAAGUUUUGCAGUAGCAUCCAAUAUUGUUGGACUGAACCACAAGCUCUGGUAGUUAAUAAGUAUGUGGGUUUGUGUCCUGUUCUUUGUUUCAGUAUUAGUAUUAUUUUGUUGUCACUACACAAUUGACAUUUCUGAAACAUUUAUAAUAAGGUGUUCAAAGUUUUCAGAAGUUACACAUUGUAAACUUCCUUCUGAGCAUGUGUUAAUCACUUGGCUCCUAAAUUGGAUCAUAUGAAUGUUCACUAUUUUUGCAGGGUCAAAUCCUUCUCAUUUGAAAAGAUGGGACUCACAAUGGAAAUCCCCAAAGUUCUUGCUGUUGGAAAUGUGGCUGUGCGUAUCAUGUACACCAAGUAUGACCACCUGUCUCCCUUGUCCAAGUCAUUUUACCCUAAGCUCAAAGUGAAACCUCCAGAAGUGGUGGUAGAAGAAGCAGAACCAGUGGAAGAGACAGCUGUUGAUGGGGUAAAUAUUUCCACAUAUAACUACUGA